UCACACAGGCCAGACCUGGUGCUCCGAGAUUCUUGUCUACACAGUGUUCGUAGAAGAAGACGGCUGCGUGCACCAGCUUCCGUCCGUCGUUCUAUAUGCCGUCUUGAAGUGGUGUGUUGUGCGUCUUUCGUCAACAUGAAGGGGGUUUUCCCGACUCUGCUGAUCUCUUUGGGGUGCUUGGUGGUCCUGAAUGCCGUAUCCUUGGACACAGUUAUCACCAAAGAACUCCAGAAAGUUAUCAAUAACGAUGAACUGAUCUUAUCAUUGAGGCAUAUCAAACCAAAGAAGCGAUCAAGAGGUUUCGCUGAAACGUUAUUUUCGAUAACUUUCCCAGAGAAUGAUGAUAAAUUUGCCCUUUUGCUUGAUAGGAAAAUGAAAAGGGUGAUAGUAGAAACCCUGGAGGAAGGUAAGAAGAGGAUUCAACAUUUCACUGUAGAUAUUUUGGAAGAAGAUAGUAUUGUAAAGUCCCUUAUAUUGGCAAUAAAUCAAAAGCAACCAGGUGCUCAUGCAACCCUCUACAUAAACUGCAAUUCUUAUGGAAUGGUGGCCACUCCAAAGGCCGUCAGAGAAAUGUACAAAAAUGAAGAUGAAAGUAAAGUCGAAGUGUAUCAUGAAAAACGAUAUCCAAUGUCUGUAGAUGGGCACAGGGAUUUGAGAACAGUUUUAAGUAUGCAUGACUGUCCACUAGAAUUAGACUCGAAAUCAUUGAAUUCAUUCGACGAUACGAGUUUUUUGAAUAACUACCUGAGAGAUGAUCCAAACGCUGGAGAUCCUUAUUCAGCUGACAGAGGUGACAUCCCAUCUGUGUCCAAUCUAGAUGAAGGUUCUCUGCUCAAAGCACUUAAUGAGCUCAUCCGUUCAGUGAAUGUGCUAUACAAGAAAUGCGGUGAAAGAGACAAUAACAUUGAAUGGAUUCGGAGGUAUAUGGAAGAAUGCGAUGUUUGCCGAAGGAGGCCAGAACCUUCAAUUAGACCACCUACACCUCCACCUCCACAAAGGCCAACAUGUGCAACUCAUCCACCAAAUUGUUUCAGAGGUGUUAGAUGUUACAAUACAGAGCAAGGACCUCGAUGUGGUCCUUGUCCUUAUGGUUACACCGGUACUGGAUAUGACUGUCGACCCACCAGAACCUGCAGAGACCGCCCUUGUUACCCUGGAGUGACCUGUACAGAUACUCCCGAGGGAUACCAAUGCGGAUCUUGUCCUCCAAAUUACGACGGUAACGGUGAACAAUGCAGGAGGACCUGCAGAGAUAGACCAUGUUUCCCAGGUGUCCCCUGCACUGACACUGCCGAAGGCUACCAGUGUGGUUCGUGUCCAGCAAACUAUGAUGGAAAUGGGGAACAAUGUAGAAGGACAUGCAGAGAUCGUCCGUGUUAUCCAGGAGUACCAUGUACCGAAACGCCGGAAGGUUUUAGGUGUGGUUCUUGUCCUGAUAACUAUGAUGGUAAUGGUGAGCAGUGUUGGAGGACUUGCAGAGAUAGACCUUGUUUCCAAGGCGUAACAUGUGAAGAUACAGAAAGAGGUUUCAAGUGCGGAGCCUGUCCGCCAGGAUUCGAGGGUAAUGGCGAAGAGUGUAGAAGGAGACCUACGGGAUGCGAAUACAAUCCUUGUGCACCAGGUCGUUGCAUUCCUAGAGACGAACAUCCAUAUUUUGAAUGCGCAGAGUGUCCAAGUGGUUUUCAAGGAAACGGAACUAACUGUAUUGAUAUUGAUGAGUGCGAUCUGGCUAGACCAUGUGACCAAAGAGUGAGAUGUAGGAAUGAACAACCUGGUUAUAGAUGCGAACAAUGCCCGCCAGGAUAUAAGCAAAAUGGUAGAAGUGAAGGAAUUGGUCUUGAGGAUGCAGCAAGAUAUAGGCAAUCUUGUGAAGACAUAGACGAAUGCCGGGAAUACGAAAACGUCUGUGUUCCUCAUUCCCAAUGUAUAAAUUCGCCGGGUUCAUAUCAGUGCAGUAGCUGUGAUACAGGCUUUGCUGGCAACCAAUCUAUUGGCUGUCUACCCGUGGAGGGUUACUGUUCCGAUGGCACACAAUGUGAUAGACAUGCACACUGCGUUUAUGUGGGAUAUGAUAGGUAUGACUGUGAGUGUCAAAAUGGAUGGGCUGGCGAUGGCAAAUAUUGUGGUAAAGAUUUCGAUUUAGACUUUUGGCCUGACGAACCUUUACCAUGUUCUCAUCCCAGGUGCAAGCAGGAUAACUGUGUUUUUACGCCGAAUUCUGGACAAGAAGAUGACGAUAAUGAUGGAAUAGGAAAUGUUUGUGACGAUGAUGCAGAUAAUGAUGGAAUCAUAAAUGAAAAGGAUAAUUGCUGGUUGAAAUAUAACCCAGAUCAGACUGACUCAGAUGAUGGAGGUGGAGACCGUGUUGGAGAUGCUUGUGAUAACUGCCCUUACAUCAAAAAUUCAGAUCAGUUAGAUACCGAUAGAGACGGUAAAGGUGAUGUUUGUGAUGACGAUAUCGAUAAUGAUGAGAUUCUCAACAAAGAAGACAACUGUAUUGAUAAAUACAACCCGAAUCAGAGAGAUAUAGAUGGAGACGGUGUUGGGGAUGUUUGCGAUAAUUGUCCAGAUAUACAUAAUCCAGAUCAAUUGGAUGAAGAUCAGAACAACGUUGGAGAUGUGUGCGAUUUUGGAAAGGACACUGAUCGGGAUGGAAUAACUGACAACAGAGAUAACUGUGUGAAUGUUCCGAAUCCAAAUCAACUGGACACCGACCACGAUAACAUAGGAGAUGCUUGUGAUGAUGAUAUUGAUGGUGAUGGCAUAAUAAACAUUGAUGAUAACUGCUACUUGGUUUGGAAUCCAGAUCAGCUAGAUCUUAAUAGAAACCAUAUUGGAGAUGCUUGCGAAAAAGAUUGGGAUAACGAUACGGUCACCAAUGAUUUGGAUAACUGUCCAAACAAUUCCUUGAUCCAUCAGACUGAUUUCAGCAAAUAUUCAGAAGUGAUACUAGACCCUCAAGGCAAAGCCCAAGUUGAUCCAAAUUGGGUCAUCGUUAAUCACGGUGCAGAAAUUCUACAAACCAUGAACAGUGAUCCUGGAUUAGCCAUAGGUUAUGAUACAUUCUAUGGAGUUGAUUUCGAAGGAACUUUCCAUGUAGCCUCUGACAUUGAUGACGAUUAUGCAGGAUUCAUAUUCAGUUACCUCAACAACAAACAAUUUUAUGCGGUCAUGUGGAAAAAAGAUGGUCAAGCCUACUGGGAAACUGGACCUUUUAGAGCAUUUGCAGAACCAGGAAUUCAGCUGAAGCUCAUUAAUUCAGCAACAGGACCUGGGGAAAUGCUGAGGAACGCUCUUUGGCAAACUGGAAACACCGAAGAUGAAGUCACUUUACUGUGGAAAGAUCCAAAGAAUGUUGGAUGGAAAUCUAAGACAUCUUAUCGGUGGUUAUUACUUCAUAGGCCUAAAAUUGGUCUUAUAAGACUUAGAAUAUAUGAGGGGGACAAACUCAUCACAGAUUCUGGUAAUAUUUUUGAUAGUACGUUACAAGGAGGAAGACUUGGUGUGUUCUGUUUUUCGCAAGAAAUGAUAAUAUGGUCUGAUCUAGUUUAUAGAUGUAAUGAACAAGUUCCAGAGGCAAUAUGGAGAACUCUUCCAGCGAAUUUGAAGAAAAAAGUCCAAAUAGAUACUUCAGCUAAAACUCUUCGAAUAUCAAGACCCAGCAAAUCUCAUUAUGAGAAAACUGUAUAAGAAAAAGUUGUCAUUAAUUUCGUUAAAAAUUCAUUGAAUCAAAAUUUUCAACCAAAUAUGUAUUUACUAAUAUGAAAAGAAUUUGAGACUCAGGAUCUCUAAAUAAUGAUUGUACAGAAAUAAAAACAAUAAAUUUUAUAUAAUCAACAAAA